AUGUGUGAUCAAAUGGGAUCUAAUGGCUCAAUUGUUGAGGUGAAAAUUCAUAUAGUUUAUCCGGAAAGUUGUGCUUCAUAUAAGCCUUGCAAAGAUAAUUUUACUGAUGUUAUCCAAGCUCGUAUUGCUGCAUAUAUUUCAAGUUUGUCAGUGAAAUUCAAAUUUGAUGAUGAUAGCUCCAGUGAACUUAAGUUAAUGAGAUGCAAGAAAACUAUUGGUUCAUCAUCAAAAUUUUUAUUACGGCCACGGCGCACACCUCAACGUAUUAGAAGACAAUCGACUACCACAACAACUAUAAGGACAACAACAACUACAAGAACCACAACCACUACAAGAACAACAACAACGACGACAAUCACUACAUCAACAACCACGAGAUCAACCACCGCAACAUCAACCACCACGACAUCAACCACCGCAACAUCAACCACCACGACAUCAACCAUCACGACCUCAACCACCACGACAGUAACGACAAAGACAACUACGACAACAACAACAACGACAACAACUACAACAGCAACAACAACAACUACUACAACAACAACAACUACGACAACAACUACAACAACAACUACAACAACCACAACAACAACUACAACGACAACAACAACGAUAACAACAACUACAACGACAACCACAACAACAAUCACAACAACUACUACAACAACCACGACAACAACAACCACAACAACAACUACAACAACAACUACGACAACCACAACAACAACUACAACAACAACUACUACAACGACAACAACGACAACAACGACAACCACAACAACAACUACAACGACAACCACAACCACAUCAACUACAACAACAACGACAACAACAACCACAACAACAACUACAACGACAACAACAACUACGACAACCACAACAACUACAACCACAACAACCACAACAACUACUACAACAACCACAACAACUACUACAACAACCACAACAACUACAACAACAACUACUACGACAACCACAACAACUACAACUACGACAACCACAACCACAACAACUACAACCACAACAACUACUACAACAACCACAACAACAACUACAACAACCACAACAACCACAACAACUACAACUACAACUACAACAACUACGACAACCACAACAACAACUACAACGACAACAACUACAACAACAACUACAACAACAACUACUACAACAACUACAACGACAACAACAACUACGACAACCACAACAACAACUACAACGACAACAACUACAACAACAACUACAACAACUACUACUACAACAACUACAACGACAACAACUACAACCACAACAACUACUACAACAACAACCACAACAACUACAACAACCACAACAAGUACAACAACAACUACUACGACAACCACAACAACUACAACUACAACAACUACGACAACCACAACAACAACUACAACGACAACAACUACAACAACAACUACAACAACUACUACUACAACAACAACGACAACAACAACCACAACAACUACUACGACAACAACUACUACGACAACAACUACUACUACAACAACAACGACAACAACAACCACAACAACAACGACAACAACAACAACGACAACAACAACAACGACAACUACAACAACAACAACUACUACGACAACAACUACUACAACAACGACGACAACAACAACCACAACAACAACUACGACAACAACAACAACAACAACUACAACAACAACUACAACAACAACUACUACUACAACAACAACGACAACCACAACAACAACAUAUUUCGGAAAUGUCAUAGGAGGUAUGCAGUUAUUGUUAUUGUGGAGUUAA